AUGGCGCAUCAAGAGGAUUCCAGUAUGGCCAUGCUUAUUUCCACCCACUACUGCCUAGACGGUCAGAUACUUGAAGGACAGCAAGAAGUGCCAUGUCAAAUCAAUGAAGUGAAGGCCUUUUAUGAACAGGAGUUACGAAAAAAGGAUGAGCUAAUCAGGAAACUCUCAAAGUAACCUUUGAAAGAUCCCGAUUAUGACUUAGAAUUCAACCACCUGCCGAUGAAAGUUGUUCGACUGAGCCGCAUGACUCAGCAGCAUCAACCGACAAAAUUGAAAGGAUGAAGGUCAAACUCCGCCAGCUUCAUCAGACCGUAGCUCCUCCACACUUAGGUCAUUUUCUAGAUUGACGAAGGCCGAGCACACCUCAAGGAACGCGAGGAACGAAUACAUGAUUUAACUGUUGAAAAUGAAUGCUUGAGUAUUGAUAAUCUGGAGCUGUCUGCGCAAAAGGAUGCCCUAGAGAGGGAGCUCAGGAGUGCUCAAGAGAGGCUAAAGGAGUUUGCAGCAGUUCAAAGUCGAAACGAGGUUACGAUAGUUUCUCUCCAGGAGGAUAUAAAUUCUAAACAGGAAACUUUAUGUGAACUGAUGGAUAGGAUAAAGUAAAAAUGCCGUCAUUCAGUACAUACAGGCGUUUAGCAAACUAAACUCUAAUACGAGCAACAAACUCUCCAAUCAAGAAAAGGAAAUUCAGAAUCACAAAGAAGGCCUUCAGACUAUUGCCUCACUUCUGGCCUGUAAGGAUUCCUAUGAAGUCUGCUUUGAGGAGGUGAGUCAACGGUUUCUAUCAGAUGUCAAACGAUCCCUUGUGCACUGGAUACGGAGUUUCUUUCUGUUUCCGGGAGGAAACUAUACAAAGCUUAUUCAGAGUAAAAAGCCUGGUCGGUAUUUGAGGUCUCCAGUCUUAAAAAAGCUUGUUGACGGAUUACUGGGUGGGAACAUCUGAUGUUUCAUUAUGCUUAAAAGUUUGGGUACGUGGUCCAUUUAGACAGCUUAAAACUGCGUCAAGCUCUGGGUCCUUCCCGUCAGGGAUCGAGCGGAAAUGAUCGACACAGGUCAAGUACACCAGAAAGAGUCGUUUUGGUUUUUCUUGCCCUUCUGUAAUAUCAACGACCGCUGUCUCCUACACUAGGCAUUCGCUUACGCCAAAAUAUAUGUCUAAAUUUAAGUUGUAGGUAGCUGACACUAAGUGACACUCAAAAACAGUCGGUUUUUCGUCGGAAGCAAAAGACUAAACAAAAAAUGUAUUUUCUCGUGGGCAACUGAGGCUAUUCAAAAUAUAUCAUUGUUUAAGAUUUGUCUUCCAAAAUUUUUCUACACCAACCUCAUAACUGUUGAACAGGAGAGCACAUGAUCUUACCUUAUCAGGGAACUUUAGAUGACAUCAAUGACGAGUCAGUACGCUCCCGGUGAUUCUACUGUUGUGAUGGAUGAAUGCGAACGAAAUUUCGUUGCAACCUAAUUCAUUUGAAAGCACUUCUUUCAAAGAAGGGUUUUUCCCUGAAUGCUUUUAACCUAGCCGUCACUUUUACUUAAAUACACAGAUUAAAGAGCUGAUUCGGAAGAAGACCGCACUAGAGGGUCAGGUAUCGCGACUACAAGACACGGUGGCUUCUUCAGAAUUCGAACAGCGUGCUGCGCGAGAAACUACUCUGCGCCUGUCAGGCGAGUUGAACAGGGAGGUCAAUGCCCGAGAUAAUGCACAAACUGAAGUCAAGGAAAUGCAAAAAGUAAGUUGAUCCGGUACCGGCUUGAAUUUCUAUCCCCGCGUGUAUGAGACAAGCGACUGGUGUGCCAAAAGGCAAUCAAAAUUGGGACUCUCAGCUUCAGAGAAAAAAAACGGAUUUUCCCACAUUCCAUCUUGCAAUCAGGUAGAUCGACGCAUGCCAUUCCGUUAGGACUGAAUAAUUGGCUGUUUUACCCAAGUCGACAUAAGCCCAAAGAGCAGUGUUGGGGGCCCUGCUGGAUGUUUGACUGAUUUGAGCACCGGUCUUUUGUGCACGGGCUCCUGAGUUUAAAUUAGCAUCGGCUGGUGACGUUUAAAAAGCCAUAAAUGGCCACUUCUUUGUCUUGGUUUUGACAAGUCAAAUUUAUUUUAUAUUUACGUAACCUAGUCACUGAAUAUUCCCUCACUCACCAAUGACGACCUUUGUGGGAUUCGAAUUCGCAACAAUGGCAUGGCCUGAGUGCAACCAGAGUACUAACCACCUGAGUUACGAGGCUUCGACCAAAGGUCUUGGCUUUUUUCAUUUGAACUAAGGGGCCUACUGUGUCCGAUUUUAUGGAUUUUGAACGUUAGAGUAGGCUGGGUUGUUGCUUGGUCCAAGUGCAAAGAGCCCAAAGCCUUCGGAUGGGACCAUUUGGCCAGUUGACCAUAUUCAACUUCUGCCCUUACUGCCGUCAGUUCAAAUUUCACCGAGACAGCCGAUUUUUUACGUCUUUAAGUUAAAUCGCUCAGACCUGCCAAAGUACAUCACGUUUCCUGUCAGUUUUCACGGCGGACAAAAAUGACUACAACGCCUGACCGAUGGGAAAUGAGUUACGGAACUCGGGCGCCCCGUUUUGCCUUGGAAAUCCAGUCCAGUUCACAAAGGGCGGGCAAUCAGUAAUCGGGUUUAUACAGUAGUUGGUUUGUUUUAUGAAAUAGUAACUGAAAUUCUGACAUGUGUUUCUGAUUCAAAAGGAUUACUUGGGUAGGGUUGUGUUACUGAUUAUUGUGCACCAUAAUCCAAAGAUAUUUCAGUCAUAACAGGAAGCCGUCUUCUGAAUGGCCAUCCUUCCGUUUGCAAAAACCAAGCUCGAAAAAAGAUGACUACUUAAAUCGUCUGCAUUCUUCCUGUCGAUUUCGAUGCCCUCAUAAAUUCGAAUAUAUUUUUUAGAAAACGUGCAAAAUGCUCCUUCCUAUCCUCCUUUGGUAGCAACUCACGUUGUCUUUUUAUUUUACAAUUAAAUCAAAUGUAUACUUAGGUUUAAACAUUUUUUUAUUCAAGAAUAAUUAAGGACCUGACCUCCAUCUGUACUUACGCUUAGGAUUUCAAAAACUACAAACUGUUUACUUCUCAUGUAAUGAGAAUUCCACAUUUCUCUAUUCUGUUAUUAAUAUACCCUAUGGGGCUUAUGUAAUUUUGCAAGGAAUGUGAACUGUGUUGUAUGUUUAUAAAUGGGCAUAUACGACACUGUAUGAAUCGUCAUUUCACAUGGUUAAAAAAUCUAAUGGUUAAGAACUUUUUGACAAGACGCGAAUAGGAGCCUUCCUGAACUAUAUUCUUACAUCAUGUCUACUUGUUCGAUUUAAGUAGUUUGUCACUGAUUAUAAAUAAUCCCAGUAACAUCGGCGUCAACAGCACUUUUCAAGAUGGUAUACGUAGAGUUUCAAGCUAAUUAAACGGUGAGAAACGUGGCACACGAGAUAAGAACUUCCACCCCCCGGUGCAGAUGACCUUGCGCCAAAUUCUAGGUAGGUUAAGGUUGAGGUUGAGGUUGGGGAUUGAGUCGAGUUUAGGUCCAGGGCGAUCGUUAAGGUUAGGAAUAUUAUUGAAUGUAGGGUUAAUGUUUGAGUGAGUGCUAGGGUCAGAACAUGAGGACGAAACCCUUCCUGGAAUUUAGCACAAGGCAAUCUGUACUACAGGAGGUUUCUACUCCUGUGUCUUGCCGUAAAAACUGUAGUAAGCAAACGACAACUAGGACCUUCUCAAUUUGCAAAUUUUAUUUCAAAAAAACUCGGAAAGAACUGGUACUGUAUGUCAGUCUGCCCAAAUCAAAUAAAUAGACACGAUAUGGGAGUACAAUUUAAUGAGAGUACCUAUUCGCAUUACUCACCCGAUUUUCAAACCAAAAGAUACCCAUCUGUAAGAGCAAAAUUUAACGAAGACUUAAUGUGCUACCAAACGAGUACAACAGCCAGUAUUUUGUAUUUGCGUUCUAGCACUUAUAUUUUAUUUACCUGGCUUCUGGGGGGACGUGGGUGGCUGACAGAUGAGGGGCUUUAGCUGGAGGCGCUCGUAAUGGUUUCGUUCUGACCAAAUCAUGGUAAGCGCGGACAGUGCUCCACAUGGUUUCACUCAUCACGAGGAUUUGCACAUGCAGGGUUUUGCUCUCACAAGAUACUGACGUAGGCUAAGUGAGAUGUUUGAUUUGUCCAACACCUCCUCAGCCACUAUGUGGUUGUGUACAUAGUCGCCGGAAGAGAAGGCUAAAAAUAGCCUCCAGCACUUUCCGUGAAUGUAGUUGGCUAAAAAUCGACCUCCGGUUGCUGCCUGGAUGGCCCAGUAUACUCCAGAAGUGGAUCUGAUCCCCAAAUCCACCCUGGAAGCGAGUUAGAAGUAAGUAUUUUCGCCCACUUCAAGACUUGCCUGAACUAAAAGGCAUAGCUACUAUUUGGAAGUCAUCAUGUUAUCCAGCGAGGAAAACAUUGUGGUAGACUGGGAAAUCAAAACGUUAUGAAGUCAACUUUUUGCUCAACCCUAGAACCACUUAACAGUCGCUGGAUGGUAUGAAACGAUGGGUGCUUAUCGGGGAUUACGAGUAGUGCUCGUUCAGUGAUACGAAAGGUCCGAAAUCACGUGAGGCUGCCGAGCUUGGGACGUUGUAGUCUGUUAACAUGCACUUCCGUUUUACAAGUGGAAAAUGGAUUUUAAGUUCUUAGCCUUAUUGUGGGAAGGGUUUCGAACAAGUACAGUUAGAAAGGAAAACCGUUCCAGAACCCAGUCGAAUGGAAACAAUAAAGGAGACCGUUAGGAUUGGGAUAGACAACGGUGUUGGUGGCAAUAUUUUCAGUAGAAAUGGUAAGUCAGGGGGAUCCAUUCCGACUAAGACGGCCUGACAGACAGGUUUCUGUUCAAAAAUCGAAGGGCAAGCGAUUUUGCGCUGAAGUGUGCUUGUUGACUGUUCAAGGUAAUUGGGGUUCCAUCAAUGCUUGGGCAACUGACUGGGGUUCAGGAAAGAGUAUGCUGGUCUGUCUUGUUCUGGGCCUUCAUAGUUGGCGCGACUGCAUUCACUCCUCUUACCGUUGAUUUAACCAGUAUCGGUCUGUCAGAGUAACAGUGUACCGGAUCACCGAGGCCGCAGUUUUCAGAAACCGGAAAGCUCUCAUAACAACAGAUGCCUCCAGCGGCUGGUUGGGUCUCCUGACCUCAGUUCAAUAGAAAAUGUUCGGGAUUACCUUCACCGGUAAAGACUGUUUAUAUGCCUCUCCUCACGGCUGCCGCGUAAAACAGGUGGAUCUGCACUAAACUGCGUCAACAUUAUUGCUAGGCUUAAAGUUGCUGGCAGGGUUGAGUUCUGGGUUAGUUUUAGGGUUAGAGCUAGAUUCCGAACUACGGUACAGUUGGGGCUAAGGUUAGGAUUAGAUUUGAAGUUGGGCCUCGGGCUAGGGUUGCGCUUAAGGUUUUGGUUCGGUCAGUGCUGGGACACGGGAAUAGGUACCUCCCUCCCGGAAUUUAGCACAAGGCAACCUCUAUGAACGGGGUUGAGGGGAUUCUUCCUAUUCCCGCGUCCUCCCAGGUGAAUGGAGGCCAUGUGGCAUAUCCUCAUACCCUCGAUGAGUGCUUGCAAAAACACCGCAACUAUAGUACCCUAGCAGCUUGGGCCCGCUCUUACGCAUGCCCGGUAUGUGGUAAAGCGAGAACAUACUUAAUAUCUCAUAAACACCUUAAACAGACGCGUUGGAGUUACCACUGUACAGAAGGGUGUAUCUACACGAGACCAGUAAACCAGUUAAUUUAUCCCCCUUGUAAUUAUUUAACACACUUUAAGACGAGGUAAAAAGCGUGCGGUACUCACUUGAUUUGAACUGAUUUGGCACAAUUCACUGGAAAUUCACUUUUUGACUAAUAGUGUAUACUCUAUUUGCAUCGUUGACGAAAUCAAGAAGUUGUAACUUUCAGAUACUCGGGACCUCAAAGGUACUUCAAUGCUUGGCACUGUCAAAGUGGUGCUUAGGUGGAUGUUUAAAUGUCCACUUACUAAGACCUUGGGCUUAGGAAGAUCGACGCUUGAACGGUUAUUCUAGCAUUGACAUGUAGUUAGACUUAACAGUGCCCGUCUACGAUGAUGGCUGGGAAGUGCACUAUUUAAAACGAAAAACUUAAAAUCUGACUGACAACUACUAAUUUGCGUUUUGUAAUAUUAAAUUGGAAGGGUCGGAAAUCCAAAAAUACAGAAGAGAUAAUUUGCAAAGCCAUCUGCUCAGGGGUCCUAUCAAAAAUAAUAUCGUCUGAAGCAAUAUACCAGUGGUCAUCUAAGGCAUACAUGCUCCUGGUUAAGGGAAGUCGACGAGUUUGGUUUCAUUUAAGCAAUAAGCUAGCAUUGAAAAGUCGGCUACGUCUUCAAAUUAUGCUCAUUUCAGGCAAUCGGAGGAAUGUUGUUGCUACACGAAAGCACGUCGCAUAUUCGAUUUAUCAGUAUCCCCUUCUCUUAUAAUUUUGAUGCGCCAAACUAACCUUAUUACUACAUGGUAGUAAGAUAAAUCGGAUGGCUGCGAGUCCAGAAUGGAAGUAAACACGCCGCAUUUGACAUCCGCUGCAAACGCAAAACGCUGUUUCCUUCUCUAAUUAAAAUGCUACCGAAAUUUGGGCGGCGCACACAAGCACAUAAUUAAUUUUCCAACCACUGGUGAAGGAGGAGAUAUGAUCGUUUGAAUAGAAGCUUUAUUAGCAUGACGUUUCGCAUUCUCCCUCGAACCCAUCAUCAGACACAGAGUCCGACAAGGGUAGUGGAUUGCCCAGGUUUUGCCGUUUUAUAGGCUGUAGUCGCUAGGCCGCUACAUGCCUAUCACAUUUGGCAACUCCCGGGUUCAUCACGGCUCGACUGGCCAGGUGUUGGACUAUGCAAUUGCUAUGCGCCUGUGUACCGGUCAUGAACCAUAACUUGAAACAACAACUUACGUCUUGGCCGCUUACGGACCUUAAAAUGAUACGCGAGGACGAGCAAUAGUAAACUCCUUGCAAGCAGUCGGCUGAGCCGCUGACUGACCUUCACUAAAAACUAUUCUUCAGGAACUUGAGGCAACGAAAGCUCUUCUUGAGGGAUCAGAGGCCAACGUGCGGCUCCUACGAGAUCGGAUUCAGACUCUGACAGAGGCCUUGGAGAAGGCGCACUCCGAUUUUGGCAAAAGAGAGGAAGAGCUGCGACGCAUUGGCACGCUGGAUGGGUCCGUGCGUGUACCAGUUCAUCCUGGCAGUCCUAAUAACCUGCCUAUCAAUCCCCAGCUCUCCAAGCGAUAUGAAGAGGAAUACAAUCAUUUUCAAGAAUUUUUGUGAGUCAGUCUUCUUAAGCACCUUCUUCCCGUUCUGUCACUUACUAGCGAUUCCAUUAUGCCGAUGAGAUGAAUGCUGAUUUUGUUGGUCGCGCCACUGUUGGUGUAGACCAGUCUAGACCUACUAACAAGCUGAAGGCGGGAUCUCUGGACAUUUAUGUCUUCACAGACCAAUGCGGUUAUACACGCAUAUGCAGAAUAGUGUUACUGACAAAGGGAGACUGGAAUGACCAUUUCUGGCUUGUUAGUCGACAUCGACCAGGCAUACCCGACCCCGAGGUAUGCAACUCCCGAAGCUCGAUCUCGCGUCCUGUCCGUUAAGAUCGGGUAUAUAAGCAAUGGUAUAGGGGCCUGAACCGAUUGUCUUAAGAAUUUCAGUCGCUCGUCGUGUCUUGGGGCUCUUUCUCUCAAAAUCAAUCAGCUUUUUACCGUUUUUGAAAUCGGAGCCCACAUUUUGGAAAUAAUCCCAAAUUUGCAAGACAGAAAUCCUUCAUUUUUCGGUCUGCAGGCUGCUAUAUGGGCGCCUAGUCUUUAGACAUUUUAACAAACAUUUUCAGCAAGCAUGCGUAUUUCCAUAUCCAUUACGCCUGUAUAUAAAUGUACGUGGUUGUUGUGCAGUGAAAUGUAAGCACACUUUAUUGACACCUGUCCCUUGCCCCUGACAUCUGAAUUUGCUCACAACUCUUUCCCCUUGUGUUGGUAGACCCAAACAGCCCACAACUCUUUGCCUCACAGACUUACUCAUGGUUGUUUUUCACUUUUUACUGCCCCACUCUGAGUUAUGUUACUGUGAGGGGCAAGGGUUAAGUAUAUGCGUGUGGUAAAAGAAAACUAUAGGGAUCUGUCUACAAUAUUUUUAAAACUAGGUGUUGGUCAGUAGAGUUUUGGUUAGCCCUUCGUCGGCAGAAUGACAUUCACCGACCUAUACGCCCCCCCGGGGGUUGGUGCUGCUGAGAUGUUGACGUAAUUAUCUGUAAGAGGAAAGUUCAUUUUUAAAAGAAAAUUAGGUGCGGAGAGCAGUCAAGUAGCAUAACUAAUACUCAAAAUAUCGUUAGAUGGAAUGCAUACACGUGCCAGUGAAGCAGGAGUCUUAAAACGCUGGGGAAUUUGUCAAACAACUGUUUGCAUUUUCUUACCCCGCACGUACACUUAGUCCCUACAUUGUGAUGAUCCGAUGGGAAAUAGCCGAGAAUGUGUUUUUGCCUAUUUUGACUCCCUCAGGGUAGAACCCGAUACACAUGUGUGACCAUGCUUAUUGCUGAUGACAAAACCCUGAAUAUUUUGACCGGCGAAUCCUUUCCGAUGUCGUGGAUCUGACUGUCAUAAUCUUCCAUUUCGUACGUACUUAACUUUUUAUAAAACAAAGACUCGUCCAAAAUGCACCAGAAACUGAAAAUCUGUCUGCACAAUACAAGUGGAGUUUAUAAACUGUAAUACUGCCCUUUCCUGACCUCAGGUACAGCUUUCGUUUGAAGUUAUUUUUUAUAUUUGGCAGAAUGCCGAAGAGUGCAGUGGUUUGUUUUGGUCUUUUUUCCUAAAGGCGUUUCGGCCAAUAUUACCUGAAGAAAGAUGCUGAUGUCCCCUCAUCAAUAAUUCUGAAGGAAAUUAAAUCGAGGCUGGUAAGCUUAGAGGCGGAAUUGGGCAAGGCAAGGCUGGUAAGUCAAAAUACAUACUCUCCGUAAUGUUUCAUUCUAAUGAAUGUCUGGCACGUGUCUCCCGUUCUGCGGUUGCUCCUUCUUGUUGAUGCUGCUGGAACUUUUUUGGCGUAAACCGCUGAAAGUAACUGGGUUUGUAUGGUAACGUUAAUUGCCAAAGCUACAUUGUAACCGAUUCUGUUGUACAAUUAUAAAACGGAUGUUCUCUGCAAAAUUAAAACAAGCAGGAAGGGACCUAACUCAUUAAAUAUGUCUUAUCUAACGAAGAACCACUAACCAUUCAAAAACGAGUCUGAACUCGUCCACCAAUACACCAAAACUAAUUAACGAACGACCUCUAGUUGAAUGAAAACACAAAAUAAGCAUUACGGAUACUACUUCAUCAGUGAGAAGGAAGGAUUUUAAAGGAAAAUGUAAAUAUCGGAGACGCAGAAAAUCGUGAAACACGAGUAGACGCAAACUGUAAGUCCAGGUUAUGCUUGCUCAUGCAAAAAACUAACUAAGUAAAGGGUAUAAGCCCAGUAAUGUCCAAAGAAUCAUUGUUUACAUGCGUUUUCGCUAAAUAUCGCUCAAGAAUUAGUGUUGCAUGAAGUCUGGCACAGAGUCAAAUGCGUAAUAUACGGUCAUUUUGCGCAAAAUCGACGGACCUUUCUGUUCUUGUAUUGUUCCACUUGCGGUUGAUUAAACCAAAGAGGAUUCUGCUUCACGGAUGGAGGCGAAUAUGCGAAUCCCAGGCUCUUAUUGUAAAGAAGAUGAACACACGAUCUUUGGGACAGAAGGUAUAUUAGUCUGAACUUUCGGUCUCGUAUAGGAGGCCAGCGUCAGAGACUGUGAGAAUGCGAUAAAAAAUGAGCAGUUUUUGUUGUCAAGCCAUAAAGGGAGAGAUAUGAGUGCAGAGGGUGGUAUUCGCGCUAAGCUGAGUCCCACGCCGUCUCACGGCGGCGGGACAGCGUGAACUCUUGGUUGAAAAUUGGGUCUCGCCUCUUGGCCGCGGGAACGGAGGGCGUGAUAGCAGGGGGGUAUGGCAACGUGUCUGUUGAUAGAGUUGGUGUCAGACAUCCAGGCCUCCAACAGUUCUCGCCCUGUCUUAUCGCUGGCCCGCACUACUAUCCGCGGGCUCGCGAAGUUGACUUCGUAGCCUUCCUCCAGGGUGUGAGUGGCGACCUGAGACAACGGGUCGCCUCUCUGGACCGCCCGUUUAUUCUCCGUUAUUCGUAAGCUAAGUCAUCGUCCGGUCUGUCCUGUGUAGUGGCGAGGGCAUUCCCGACAUGGGAUCUGAUAAACGACACCCGAUUGCUAUCCCAUUUCUAGUCGAUCCUUUACUCGCAUGGUUUUGUUGCGCAUGGUCGCUGUCGGACGGUGAGCGGUACCCACGCCGAGCUCUCCAGCGAUACCUUCCAUCGCUUCGAACACGUCCUUUAUAUAUGGUAGAGGGUGCCACAGUGUUGGCGGCUCUCCUCCGUUUGUUCGCCGUGGGUGCGUGCUGAGGCAGCUACUGACAAAGCUGUUCGGGUAUCCAUUCCUUGCCAGUUGGUCCCGAAGAUGCCGAAGUUCUCGUACUCGUCCAUCUGGCCCACUGCAGUGCGUUUUUACCCUUUGGAAGAGUGUCCUAACACAGUUGCGUUUAUGCGCCAUUGGGUGGUUACUAUGGUACUUAAGAAUCUGAGUCGUGUUAUUCGCCUUUCUGCACACCGUGGUGUUGAGUUCGCCGUUGGGUGUGCGUGUGACGAGAACGUCAUAGGAGAAGUUGGAAUACGUUCGCAUAUUGACGUCAGGUCAGGAACUGUUAAGUUUGGAUAGAAGUUUCAGGCGUAAUCGUAAACGUAUUAGGUUAUAUACAGUAAGGGGACUUUCCUUCCGUCAAACUGAUUUGCCGCCUUUUAUGAUGUUGGAGUACCUUGAGCGUAAGACCGUCUUUGAAAUAUCUAUGAAUGCUUCAGGAUUUUUAGUUUUCACUUGACUGGUCAUGAAGAUGAAUUUUGUGCCAUUUAUUUAUUUAUUGAAACCUUAAGAAAUAAGAUACUUUAUGUUAGCAUUUACUGAAGAAGCGAGUGUUUGGGCGAUCGUAUUCAUGUAGAUGACUGUUUGUGCCAUAUUUGGAAACUCGCCGUCAAAAAAUGAGCACCCACAACGAAAGCCGACAACGAAUGUGCUCUCGAGUAAUUGAAAAACUUUCUCUUAUAAGUUGCCUGAUUGAAAAAUCUUUAAAUGCUUCAUUAUGUUGACGCAAGCGCGUGUAAGUUAUCUUUUACAUGGUAAAGCUAUGAAAAAUUCAUACUUUUGACCGUUUUUCAUUGUCCUGAAAAAUGCUGAUAAUUUGUCGGCCGCAAACGGAAGAACUUGCCUUUCUCAUUUAUUUGAGGGCUUCCGGUGUAAUCUAACGUGGAGGGCAAAGAGUCAGUACGUAUCACGUCUAACAUGGAGGCUCCAUAUAAUUAAAUAUCAGUUUUGUCCAACCUGGAUUGAUUACCAAAGCAUUUAUACCAAUUAAUAUGCAAUUUCACUGAACUACUUGUUGUCAAACAGGUACAUAUAUCUGUCGUGCGUCCAGAAAUAUCCGACAUCUGUAAGGUUUCCGUGCACAGUCAGAAACAACCAUAAAUCCUCGACCAUAUUGGCCUUUUCUUUAGUGUAUUACCCCUGUACAAAUCCAUUCAUUCUGUCCAAAAACUAUCAUAAAUCAUUAUUCCAUAAAUAGUUUGUAGGGAAUUGCUUAGUUUGCAUAUGUGAUACUAAAAGAGAGGGUUAGUUCAUUAUCAAGUAAACUUUUUCAAACAGUAAUGCUAGAUCGCGUGGUAAAAUUUCGUCAGAAUGUUGCUUUUGAAGUAAACAACCUGGGUAAAAUUAACUAUUCUAUUUUGCAGCCACUAAAAACUUCGAGGGGAAAUGUAAUGAUCCAUGAGUAUUUCCUAAAAAGUAUGUAGAGUAUAGAUCGGAAAUAUUAACCGUAAUGGUAACCUCAGUUGCGUUUAAAAUAUGCAGAGGUUGUUAAACUCUUGUGCAGUCCAGGUACUGCCUAUGUUGCGCACAACAGUUGAAGGCGUAAGUCUCAGUAAACAUGAAGUAAAAAUGAAAUCCAUGAGUAUUCUUUCAAGCAAACAUGAUUGUCUGCGCAAAAAUAGAAAAACUGCUAUGGUAAAUAUUAUGCUUGACAUUUAUUAAUAACACAAUGCACUUAACCAGUAUUGCCUCGAUAAACUAGCCUCUGAGUUACCUGUAUGGGGUCUUAGUCUCAUGUUUUAUUGCAUACUUCCCGGGCUUUUUUCCCUCCUAUCAUUAGGCCUUCAUGAAAUGUCAGGGUGAUACCGGCGAGGCUGAAUUGGCAAUUAAUAGCCGAGAUUCGCGUAUACUGCAGCUCGAGGAAACCGUCGAACGAUUGCGAAGUGAACUGGCUGAGGUCUCGGUUGUAAACGAGGCUUUAAAGAAGGACAAGUGUUCGGUGCGUUAUAUGCAACAGAGUUCCAUUACUUGCUUUCAAGUAGUAGGUCAUCAUUUAUUAUUUUAGUAUUGCAUUGCCGCGCUUGACUAUCCGAAAUUAUUUCAAGUCGCUAUGUCGAACUCCUGCCUGUAUCACGUCCUUUCCCGGACACCAAUUUUACAUCUCGUAAUACAGAUCUCGAUGGAACAACAUUCAUCAGAGCAAAGGUCGUACGAUCAGAAAAGUUCUCAAGAGUACGUGGCGAUUUUAGAGGCGGCUUUCGCGUUUUUAGCGCUCUAAACGACAGGCAGACAUUUCAUUCAAAAAAGUUAUGCCCAAAUGAGGUGAAUUUCUGAUGUUUUGUGAUAGCUGGGCCCGCAAAACACGUCUUUGUCAGUAUUGACAAAAUACUUCGAAGUUAAACAAAAGCUUCUCUUUUAGGGUUUCUCGCCGUGUGUGCUUGUUUCCCUCCGUAGGAGCGAAGUGACACAGUCUCGAAUGAAUAUCCUACUACUUUAGCAUUGCCGUUAGCGUUUUACAAUUCUAAAAUUUAAGCAGGUUAGCUAUGAAUUCGAACUAUACUUUACAGGCUCAUUAAAGUAUUGCCUUUAAUCCACUGUCAACAACUUUAUUCCUCAGAAGUACAACUUAUUCCCGUUUUUUGCUCUACAGCUGAACAGUUUUCUUAUGAAAGUGGCUGACCACCUUAAGCUCGGCGAAUUGGCUACAGAGGCCGAAAUCCCUUUGCUGAUGGACGCAGUAUUCAGUAAGAAGGAUUUUUUAAACCGUCAAGCUCUUUGCGUUUUAACCUUGGUUUGAUUCGAAUAUCGAGGACACUGCAGUUACAUUGUGGCCUGCUAACGUUUCUUUGGGUAUUCCCGUUCAGUUUUCUUUUGUUAAGACUGAUUUUCUCACGUCCUGCAUCUGGUUAGAGCUCAGUGCUGAAAAUACUUGAUCAACUGGUGGCUAAACGGAUGCCGCGCUAAUUGCAAUGUCGGAAUGAAACAAGUGACCUGUUAGUAGGCAAGGGAUCAUAUUCUUUGCUGUCUGCGUAAAACCCUGCCAAGCAUUGAAGUGCUUAACGUCCCUGUGUGUCUCCUCUUGAUCAUUCGUGUAUUUAGUCUGCCUAAUUAAAAAAAGCAAAAAUUCUACAGCUCUGACCUUGCACUACCGCUACUCUGUAUUGGAAUGUGGGUUGGCCAGUGCUAGCUACAGUUAUCCUUAUGUAUUAACUCACCGCCUUCCCAUUCUCUCGUUAAUUUCUUCUGUAAAAUCUGCAAGUUUCAGCUUGCAGAAGGAGAGUACUGAAAAAGACAAAGGAGACUGGGAUGGUCAUUUUUGAACUACCAACCUUCGUUAGUCAGCCUUUUUCGAACUCAGAUUUACUGAAUCUGAGUCAUCGGUCAGUGGGAGAGCGUUGAACUUCAUAAGGUCCGAUGUCCAAAGGAUGGGGCGUUGAUUUUCCGACAUGUGUUUGCGAAAGGCCGGCUGACGACGGCUGAUAGGCCGGAAAUGGCUUUCCAAUCUCCCUUAUUUUUGCCGUUACUCUGCCGAGAGGGCUCUAGACUGGGCUCGAGUUUAAUCAAAUUUACCCGCCCAACCUACUGAAACGUCUGGAAUCCACCAAAUCUGAUACAGUAAGUUGACUGCCCAAGCAGGAUUUCCUAAGUAAUUCACCUAGAAUCCACCAGAGGACGUCCAGGCUCACUAAAGCCUCGCCCUUGCUGUCGUGGGUUCAAAUCGCACCGAGGCGCCGAGUUUUUUUACAGUUGGGUCAAUAUGAAUCGUUCAAAAUCUGCCAAAACAUCUAUAAACGAAAAAAUAAUUAUUCCCCACUGAAAACUGGAAUUCCAGAAAAUGGCUAUAUUACAAAUCACUUAAACAGGCUUAACUAUGGGAGUGCAAGAAAAGGGGAAAAUAAAGGCAAAUGCAAGGAACUCGGCGUUCUACUGACUGUCCAUUUACAUCUAACACAACAGCUAGUCUCUUAGAUUUGUAAAUAAUCAGAUCGUCCAUAGCUGAUUGUUCAGUCAGAUUAUCCGGCACAAAAUCAAAAUUUUCAUGCAUUAAAAAACUACUAUUUUGCUUGUAAAAAUGUCAUGUUAUAAGUGCGGAGAAGGUUUUCGAUAGGGUCAGGAUCCAGGAUGUCGACAGGAGUAGAAAUCUGUUAAAGGCCACGUGUGGAGAAGCCGGCUGUUAUUUAAAGUGUUCAAUUACAGUUACCGACGUUGCUAGAGUCGUACCUCUUCAAGGAGUUAGACAAAAACAUUAUCGUUAUGGCAUCAAUUAGGUGUCGGUAGAGGUCAUUGUAGUCAAUAUCGACGAACACUUUGCUGUUGAUGGUGUCCGUAAUCGACGUAUCCAAACCGCCAACCGUCGGCAGUCUGGCAUUACAGACAAAAACAAGGGAGACUGGAAUGGCCGUUUCUGGCUCAUUAGCCGUCGUCAGCCAGCCAUACCCAACAUAACCUCUGGUGUUCCACACUUCGGGUUGAGUAUGACUAAUAAGCCAGAAAUGGCCAUUCCAGUUUCCCUUGUCUCUGUCGGUAAUGCCAUUCUGUCGAUAUCAUGCGCCGCUCUGCGGCUGCUGGUUGGGCUCGAGAGAGAGAGACAGUCCAUAAGGCAAAACGGAACGAGUUCUGUAAGAACGACCGGUGAGCGCCCCCUGCCGUCGGUUGUUUUUUGAUAGUUGCCACUGCCACAGUAUCUUCUUUGGAAAGCUCUUUUCACAUGUCUUUGUCGGUACUUCCUGCACCGCACAUAGAUUUAUGGACCGCUAAUUUAGAAGUUUGCCCUAAUUGCACUCCAAUGGCAUUUCAGCACGACUACGACAGAUUGUGGCUGGAGAGGGGGAGCGAGCAGCCGGUCAGCGCGUGAAAAUCGUCAGACUGCAGCAAAAACUGCGCGAACUGACGGACAGAAACGAGUCUCUGGAGCUGCAAGUGAAUGUCCUCCGCAGGCGCAUCAACGACCAGGAAGAACCACGUGCCACCUCACCCAGACGUACGGCUACUUCGCUGACAGACGCGGACAGACAGCGGAGAAGGAUGUCCAAGCAGGUUGAGCAGAUGCGUGCAGAAAUACUGGCUCUGCAGGCAGAGAACCUGCAGCUCAAGGCUCAGUCUUUGAAUGAGAGCAAGGCGUCGGUACGAUUCUCUGUGGCAGUUUUCAAUUAUUGUUGAUACUUUCUGGUCGGUGCGCUAUUUCAUGAAAUAUCAACGGAAAUUCCGAAAUGCGUUUUCGUUUCGAAAAGAUUAAUUAUGUAGGGUUGUAAAACUAAUCAGUCUGCAGUAUAAUUCUAUAAUAAUUCAUUUAUCUCACGAUGCCGGCUUUCGAAAGAACUUCAUUUGGCUUCAUAUAAAAACCCUACCCUGUAAAAAAUGACUACUUAAGCAGCAUGGAUUUUUCUCAUUGAUUUUCGAGGCCUCUAAAUGUCUGAUUAUAUUUCAUGAAAAAUAUGCAUAAAAGUAUCCAUUCUUUUGCUCAUUCGGUAGGAAAUUACGUCUUCUUCCAAUCCCAUACUCGAAGGAAGGGCAUAAUUUGGUUUUCAAAAACAUUUCCAUUUCCCGAAUAAUUUUGAACCGGACCUGCCGUUACACUUGCAUUCUGUGUAUCAAACCCACAAGCCGUCUAUUUUCCGCGUACGGAAACCCAUACAUUUCUCUACGGUAUUAAGAGCAGAUCAUAGGGGGUUUGUAAAAUUUGCAUUGGAUUUGACCCAUAUUUUUAACUUUACAAGCCACAUUGGUAAAUGCAGAGACGUGACGUUUAAUAAACGGCCAUUUCACGGUAUUAAAAUGUCUAACAAUGAGAAACUUUUAAAAAACGAAUAAGGACCCCACUUCGAGUAUGAAAUUGGAAGAAGACAUAAUUUUCUACCGAAUGAGUGAAAGAAAGAAUAUUUUUAUGCAUGUUUUCUAUGAAAUAUAAUUGGACUUUUAGAACCAUAGAAAAUCAAUGAGAAUAACCCAUGCUACUUAAGUGGUCAUUCUUUACAGAGUAUGGUUUUUAUAUACAGCCAUAAGGAAGUUCUUUCAAAAGCCGGCAUCGUGAGAUAAUUGCAGACUGAUUAGUUUUACAACCUAACUUAAUUAAUCUUUUUCGAAACGACAACGCAUUUCGGAAUUUCGGGUGACAUGUCAUGAGUUAGCCUACCUACUGUACCUGUCGAAAACCAUGUAAUCGAAUAAGAAUCUUCCGGUUUUUCAGUGGAUUCCAAUGAAUCUGACCCUGCAAAAUGCUCGUGGAAUGAACGAUGCCUUCUUUACUUCAUUUAGGCAAAUGGAUACCGACUCUAAGCAUAACUAAUUAUGGCUGCGUGGUUCAUAAACCUGCUCUUAGCUUUGCCUGGACGUGCAAUUCCACAUCUGCCAUUCAAAUAUUUAUUUCUUGUGACUACGUAAGCGCUUUGGUGUCUGUAGUGUUGGAACUCGAAGACAACAUGAAGAGGCUCAUUUGUGCCCAACAAUCAGGUUAGGUCGGUGACCGUAUUAGACAACCGGACGGCUCCUAGACGCCCAGGUCGUAAUUAUGUUUGACAUAAAUGUUCAAAGGCCCUCUAGGCUUGAGAUCUAACCUGGGGUGCACUAUAAUCUGGAGUCAGCCAUGGAUUCCUGCUGACAGAAAAUAUGCCAGAAACGACCAUUCAUGCGUCUCCAGUUAGUGACACCUAUUGAUUAUUUAUUGACAGUCUUGAUAAAACUGCUAAUCCUUUACUGAAUGAAUCUCUGAAAUGUCCCCACGAGCUGCUUUUCGCAACAUACGUAUUUAGACCUAUUUGGAGAACGGUCAGCAUCGUAACCUGAGACUACUCCUUCGGACUUUUCUCUACAAGCAAGACUAAGCGGAGGCCUUAAAUAUCUAUUCGGUAGUCUAAUUCCUCUCUUUAUGCAGUUGCAAUGAGCACAUUUUCAUGUUCUCAAGACCCUUCCGUUCAUCUCAGAUUUGGACCUGUUUGGCCCCUUGUAAUCAAUACCUAAGAUUUGGGUGAGGUCCGUCGUCAAUGGAUUUGCGUGAAUAAUUAUUCGGAGUUCCUAGCUAUCUGGGCAAGUAAGACAGCAGCUACAGUGAGUGACCGAUCUCAUGAAAUGUUGACAAAAAUUCUGAAAUGCGUUUUUGAUUAGGAAGGAUUACUUAGGCGCCGUUGAACACUGAUUAUCCCUCGGCAUAAUCCUAUGAUAUUUGGACUCGGCAAAAUGUCGGCUCUUGAAUGAAUUUCUAUUCAAUCUCCUGGUAAAAAUAGGACUACUUAAGUAGCAUGAAUUUUCGUACUGAUUUCCCAUGGUCUAAGAAAUCCAAAUAUGUUUUAUAGAAGAUAUGCAUAUAAAUAUUCUUUUUUCACUUAUUUGAUAGCGAAUCACGUUAACUGAAGAAGGAAUAUGUUAAGCUUUUAAAAAAGUUUCUUAUUAUGAGAUUUUUAAGACCCUGCAAUGUCCAUUCAUACAGCAUCGUACCUUUCCUUUUGCCAGCGCUUAUCAUGAAAUGUACAACAUAAUUCGCAUCCAUUGCAAAAUUUUAUGGACUUAAUAUGGCAUCUUCUUAAAGGCAUAGAAGUAGGUACGGUUCUCCUUACGCGGAAGACAUGCAACUUGUAAACUAAAAUCACUAGGCGCUAAUGCAAGGGCUGAUCAGGCUCCAAAUUAAUUGAGAAUUAGAAAACUUUCUUAAAACCUAAUUAUACUUCUUCUACAAGUAUAAAAUAUAAAGCUAACGCGAUUUUCUAUCAAGUGAGUGAAAAAGAAUAUUUUUAUGCAUCUCUUCUAUAAAAUAUAUUUGAAUUUAUAAGACCAUCGAAAAUCAGUGCGAAAAAUGCAUGCUACUUAAGUAGCCAUUUUGUCGGAGUAAGGUUUCUACAGGAGAUUGAAAAGCAUGCUUUCAAAAGCUGACAUCCUGUCCAGUCCGUAAUAUUAUAGUAUUAUGCCAGGGGAUAAUCAAUGUUACAACGGCACCUAAGUAGUCCUUCCUAAUCAAAAACGCAUUUCAGAAUUUUGCUCAACAUGUCAUGAGAUCGGUCGCUAACUAUAGGUGUUUUCAUUGGCGGCGGAUCACAGCUAGCCGGUUCAACGAGGACGGGACAGGUUGAUUGAAACACUGCAUCAUUCUGCUACUGUAGUUGGCAGCAAUUGGAAAGGCCAAAGUGCUGCAUGCGGCGGAAACCCGCGCACGGGAACUGCAGAAUCGUUGCGAGCGUCAGGCUGAAGAACUGGAGAGUCUGCGCCGAAGGCUCGAGUUUGCCGAGGCUUCCGCAAGUCAGGAGCAGCACGCACGUGACGAGCAAAGCACCUCGCUGACUGCACAACUGACGGAAUGCCGGACGGCACUGGAUGCAGCGAGAAAGGCUGAAAAGCAGGCAAGUAAAUUCCUCAUUCAUGUUCUGCCCGUAGUGGGAAAAAUUACUGUGCAGUCAACCUCCUGGAACCCACAGCUGUUUCGGGAUUUGCUCGAGAUGAACACCUCUUAAGAGAAAACUGGGGGGGGGAAGUAAUUGCAGUCAGUGAUCGAUUUCUAGAAAUGCAAUUGAAAUGCGUUUUCGAUUUGGAAACUCGUAGUUAUGAGACUUCUUAAAACCGUCAAAUGUCCAUUCAAGUAGCAUCCUACGAGGCAUGCAGCAUAGUCCACAUACACUUAAAUGUCCAUCCAAGUGGCAUCGUAAAAGUCUGGGGCAUAGCCCGCCUCCAUUGCAAAAUUUUAUGACUCCGACUUGGUAGCUUCUUAAUGAUACUGAGGAAUGCGUUUUCAGAGCUGAAAGAUACCCUUUCUUCCAGCAUAAAAUUGUAGAGGGAUGUGAUUUGAUAUAAAAUAAUUGCAAAAAGGACAUUUCUGGUUAUAUUUUCUAUAAAAUGUGUUUGAGAUCAAAAAGUCACCAGAAAUCAGUGAAGAAAAACGCGUACUGCUUAAGCAGCCUUUUUCACUGAGCGCAGUUUUUGCAGGCUGUGUGAAAAAAAUGCAUCUAAAAUUCGGCAUUCUGGUAUGACUUAAAUAUAUUCGGAUUAUGUUGCAUGACUAUCAAUAAUACAACCCAAAUUAAGCAAUCCUCUCUAACUGAAGACUCAUUUUAAAAUUCCGGUUAACAUUCCAUGUGAUCAGCCACUGAUUAUAUUUAGUGAGUUUCAGGUGGAUGAUUUUUAUUCCGGACAGUAACCACUGUCCGAUUUGCCUUCUCUAAUUAUUCUGAGUAUACAAAGUCUGUGGGCGAAUCUGCGUGGGACUAUUACUCUUAGAGUAUGACUAUUAGUCUGUAAAAGACAAACUAAUGGAUGCUUUUUUAAAAUAAAGGAGAAACUAUAAUUCCAGAAGACAGGUGCCUUCUGUAAGAUUUCGGAGUACGCAGACUGACAGUUAGAGGCCGCUUAUUAGAUAUUCUUUUGGUAAUAAGGAAUGAUACAUAACAAUAUUACUCAUACAAGUCAGCUGAACUCAUAUUCUGCAGCCCCAGUAAGGCUAUCCAGGUUCCACGGGCGAAGGAUGCCUUGCCAUUGUACGCCACGUCAAAUUGUGUUUCCGAAUUCACAUGCCCUUGUGGAUGCAAGUGCACUGGGCGAACGCAAAGGCAAUUGGCAGCCAGGUCAGCUGAGCACCUGCCCAAAUGGCUUCUAAAGCAGGAGAAUAAAAUUCCACGGUCUUCUAUCACAAAACCCCUCCUCGAUAGCGGUCAUUCGGUUGACCCCAAAACAUCUUUUCGAGUAUUAGUUCGAGCACUAACAACUCGGUUAUGGCGCUACUUGGAGGCAGCCUACAUACGACGGGAGAAACCUGACCUACGUAAACAGUUAGACCACGUGGUCAACCUCAUCUUGCCCUGGUAAAUCUGGAUUCUUUCGAUUUGCGCAAUCCCUCCGCGUGUUAACUUCUCCAUUUUCUUUCCUAUGUUGCGUUCUCAAGUUACCACUUUAUUGAUUAGCCUACUUACAUUAUACGAUGUCCAUUAUGUUUAUAUUGGUUUUCCCCGUGGAAGUUCAAACCUCUGUAUCUUUCUCCCUUGUUAUCUGUGCUAUGCAACGACAGGCUGCAGUUGAGAAGCCGUCGCGAAAUGUAUUGGCUUCAAUAACUUCUGCUGUUUAUGCUUGCUUUAAAUUCGUUCGGGGGAAAUAUUGCUCCAAAAUAUUAUACCAGACAAAUUUUCUUAUCAGUUAUAAGUGUGUCUUUUUCUGGAGUGCGGCGCUGUGAAACUGAAUUGUAUUUUAACAGAUGUAGCUAGCUUUUGCCGUUUAAAAAAGCGGGUUUUGCACAAUAAUAUCGGACUUUUUAAGAAGAUAGCUUGGUUCUUUGUGAGAACUUUUAUCCCUUGCAAGUACCAUACGUAUUUAUCAAAGUUAAGCGAUUCCGCCGACCUCGGUGCACAGGGUUCUAUGAAGGGUCAGCUUUAGGAAAUUAUUAAAUGACAUGAAAUUGCUGUAGUGCAAUCUUUUUAUACCUUUUGCUCGACAUGCCCAUCCUUCGUGAAGUAAGCUGCUGGUGAAAGUUAUGCGAAUCCAUAAAGGAUGACCGAGGCCUUGGUCAAGCCCUCUUGAUCAGCUGAGAGCAGUUAGCUUCCUCAGCGAAUUCUUAAUUAAUGCAUAGAUCCAAUGCUUAUAAGGGUUUUGAAAACUGCGUCUAGAAAAUAGAGGCAUUGAGUGUUUGUAGCAUUUUGAUAGCUCUCGACUGCUGGCAGCUCCUCGGAUCACAAUGGAAAACAGUUCCAGUGUAUUUAAUUACACAGUUGCUCCGCAGUUAUUGCAUAUCUCUGAGUACUCCACAUCAAAAAUGCGUGCCCAGCGUAUAAUCCGUUUCUACAGUUUCUCUAUGACGCUACUUCAUUCCCACAAUUUAAGCUUUGCGUAGGGAUCCUUAAGAGUUGCAAUUCCUUCUGCUUUUUAUGAGUAGCAACAAGAAUGCAGGUCGCGAGAAUUUGACGCAAAGAAGAUGACCUUUCGAUGAGCUUUACCACGGCGGGAUCGUAGUAAAUAUACAGCUCCUUGUAGUUUCUCGCUUGGAAAACCACGAACGUUAAACAGACAGGCUUUCAUGCGAAAAUUUUAAGACUGAAGUUGGCAGUCGUGGUAUUUCAUGACUUGGACAUAACUCAGAAAAAAUGCCGAAAAGGAAUUUUAGUUGAUUUCCAGGAUGGGUUAAACAUUGAGGACAUUUGGUGGCAUUGGCUUCUGCGCGAUCAGAGGCUACUUUUCCGUAUUUCUCUCUGACCAGAUGGGAACUGCUGCACUGUUUCCACUUUGCAACUUGACGAUUUAGCCCAGUACGUAUUUCUGAGAGAGCAUACGUUUUGUUAUAUGCUGUUUUUGCGCUUGUCAAGCGUACCUUUAAUUUGGCAGAACGUUUAGUGCUACUUUUUAUUAUUUAUGAUAAGUAUGUGACCCUCCUUGAGGCAAAGCUUUAGUUCAAAAGAAAUGACAGCAAGGAUGUUCUUCGAAUUUGCAAAUUUGUGGUGUUCGUUGUGCGCAAUUUGGCAUAAGCCAUUUUUACUUUUUAACGCAGACUGACAAGCAAUCUCUAAUCCGAGUCUCCUCAUAAUUCCGCCCCCUGUUAUUUCACCACAACUUUGAACCGACUUUCAAGAGCCACGGAGUUUAGAAAUGCACAAUUUAUUAUCUGCGCUUAAAGCUUUGCACCAUACGUGCUGAAAACUCUACUCUGGCACCAUUCUGGAGGGAACUGAGAUACGGAUGUUUGUCCUCAUUCGGCCUCACCGUCGCUUAUUACAUCCUUUAAGCCGCUCGCGCGUGAUUCCACCAAUCGGCGGCGCCGCCGCCAGUUUACGCGCAGCCUUGGGACUCUGAGAAGACAUGUUUCUAUGCGGUUAUUUGCCUAAGUUGGUGCGAUAAACUGGUUGUAGAUAGAGGCAGAGAAGGGGCGGAGGGAGGGGCUGACUUCAGUUGCGGCAACGUAAUCCACCCCAUCUUAGAAGUUAUGCGAACAUUAAAUUUAUUUGAUUUUUGUCCUAUAGAGCGGGUUGGGGUGGCCGUGGCCGUGGCCGUUCAGCGCUAGCAGGCAGUGUGUGUGUGUGUGUCAAAAUUGGCGCCAGCGGUCUGCGUGUUCUGUUGGGCCACGCGAUGUCAUUUCAUUCUUUAAUGCCAACUGCAUCCGUCAACCCCCCUGUUCUUCACAAAAACACUUACAAUUAACGCUGUUUUAUCCCGCUGUCUCUUUAAGAAUUAAUCACCACCGGAAAUUCGCUAGUGGAUGAGAGAACCUACGGGAAAUGCAAAUUUAUUUGCGAAAGAAUUAACUGCAGGAAAAGUGCAUGCUUAUAUCGUCUGAUUUAACUGACUCUUUUAUAUUUUGCGAAAUAAUCGGCCCUCAAUAUUUAUAACUUGGGAGGCGUUUCAAUUAAUUUACCCAAAGUGGAGUCCAGUCGAACAUGUGAUAAUUGAAUAACUGCACGAAGGCCCUUCGCGUGCGGGCAUUGCGGCAUUGCGGGCUAGAACUUAUGGGGUUGCUCAGGAAGCGACCUCUGAAUAGAAUGGUCGGAUUCAGCGUUAAUUAUUAUAGACUAUGGGAAUGUGAGAAUCAUCGAGCCAACAACGUUUGUCAUAAACAGGCGGAAAAUCUGACUGGUCGGCUUUCUCAUUUUCAGAGCGUUCACUGAUAAAUAUGGUCUCAAGCCAUCACAUAAUGCAAUAGUCAUGAGUUGCUGACAAAUUAAGGUCACAGUGGCCCAAAGUAAAACAUUUUAUCGGGGAAUAAAUUGACUAAUAUGCAUGUAUGAGUGACUGAGAAAGAACUGAUACAGGCUCGACACUAUCGUCUCCCAGCUCCUUAGAGAAUGGUGGUUUCCCACUUUUCGUCCACUUCAACCACCUCGAUACUUCAUCAUCUGGUGUCUUCCUGGACUUUAGAAGGUAGAAUUUGGUGUGACUGAUGCUCAGGUCAGAACCCUUCUUGCAAUCAACGUAUUACUUUGUUGUUCAUUCCCGAGAGCUAAUUCAAAAGUCGUAUACUUGUGUGAUGAUCGCCAAAUUGCAUCGAUGGGGGAAUUUCUCCUCGCGUGGGAGUCACGAUGACAGAUCAGUUGUGCUUAGAAGAAUGUCCGCCAGAUUCUUCCGAAAACCUACCUAAAGCUUGCCGAUGAGGGUAGCCUGGAUAUCUUUUCUGCGACAGGACAGCUUACAGCCCAUUGAGUCACAAAAGACAGCUUACCAUUGCUCCUAAAAUUUAUCCGCUUUGGCGAUAGUCUUGCUCGCUGGAUCUUGCUGCUUCUGAUUACUGACUGUUUCGAAAUUCUGGAAUGAUACCUAGUACGCGGAGCCUGUAAGGAGGUCUUUUUACCGUUUAACAGCAGCUUAGUUUUCUAGCAACAAACAAUCGUCGGACUCAUCAGCCUAAAAAGUACAUCGAAAUCGAGGACAUUACGUAGAAAAGUGUUGGCUUUUUCGCAGAAAAAUCGAAAAUUAAAAAUAAGAUUAGUUUCGCGAUUAACAGAGUUUGUAAUUUUCUACUUCAUUUAAUGAAUUACCUUUUAAACUGAGCACCGCACCAGAUUUCCCGUUUACUUCGACAUCAUUAAGAUUUUGUUAUGUAAAUAUCGUCUCAACUUUUCAGUUGUGACUUUCAUAGCAUGUACUGACGUCUCCACAAAAUUCAUAAGGAUGGACGUUUUCUGCACUUUAGUGAGACACAAAAUCAAAUCUGCAGUAAUCAGGCUGAAUAUUGACCGUAGCUGUCGCAAUUAUGUUCUCCCAUGUCUUACUGGGUAGCGUUCGUUUUUCUUUACUGGGGGCAGUAUGUUCAGCAGGGUAUGCCGGUUAAGCACGCGCGGGCAGUCGAUCUCAGUCGGAGGCAUCGACAAACUCCGACAACUCCGACAACCAUCGAGUGACCGAAGUCAUCACAUCAGUCGGCCUGGGGAUGAUUUCAUGUCUGACAGGUGUAGUAGAAAAGUUCUUUCCAGACAUCAAACUUAAAUUAGUUUAAGAGUGAACUGGUGUGUGUAGGUAGCUUAAUUUUCUCUGGAUUCGACUCGUUUGGCGUCUCCAUAUCAUACCUAUCAGUCUGCGAUUAGUCCGUCCGCAAUAUAGUUGGAUGGUUAUUAAGGAAAACCUUUCGCUAGGUACCGCGUCGAUUCCGAUAAGUCGGCGCGUCGGUCUCCUUUGACAUCAAUGGAUCAUCAGUCCUAACAGUAUAAAUGCGAGUCCGUGAUAAAAAUAUCGUUCUAUCUUUGCGAUUGUUGAAUGAGGCUUUUUGAGGGAAAACCUAUAGGCUUCUCUGUAAACGAUGUUUACCUAAAUUCUAGGUUUUGUUCCUUCUACGAUUCCGUUAACCGAAUCCUCGUUUACGCAAGAUUUUGGUCUUUUCCUUUAGCUGGUAG